AUAUAUUAUCUAUUUUUUGCGUUGUUUUUGUGGCGUUUGUGAUUUUCAUGGAUUCAUGGUUUUGGAACAAUUCACACGACCAACUGGAUUGCUUUGAUCAGCACAUUUCACUUCUGGGGAUGAGGCGAUGUUAAGUUUGCGUGUGAAUCUUAGCAUCUGCAAAUGGCAAUGUCUACAGCAGAUAGAAUUGGUGUUACUGUUUCCAACUUGGAGACAUCAAACCACUCGCUGAUAGCUGAUGUACGGAACUUGCUGGUGACAAUCAAAAUGAUUGCACAGGAUUUAGAGAAGGAGAAUAAGUCUGAUUUGGUGAAGCAAUUGGAUAAAGCAACUCUGGAAUUGAUCCCUCUUUCUGAUGAUAUCGUACAUCUAAGUACAGCUCUUCAGGCAGUUGGAAAGGAUUACAAUUCUUCAAAUGAGUCAACAGAUUUUAAGAAGCUUUUGGAUGAGCAUAUUUCUCAACUAGAAGCAGAUACUCCUUGUGUUCCUGAAAAUCAUGUGUUCUACAAGCAGUUUAAGGAAGCUAUUUGGAGGGUUCGUCAUGCAGAUGAACCAAUGCCUGGAGAGGAGCAUGAGGAAAUUAUUAUGACUAGCAGUCAGUGCAACCUUGUAAACACAAGUUGUCCUUUGACUGGGAAACCCGUGACUGAGCUUAAAGAUCCUGUACGCAGCAUGGAGUGCAAGCAUAUAUAUGAAAAGGAGGCAGUUAUGAAUCAUAUCAGGAUGAUUGGAAAAAAGCGUGGCUGCAGAUGUGCUGCUGCAGGUUGCCCAAAAAUGCUUACUGCUGAGAUACUCAUCUGUGAUCCGUUACUAAAGAUAGAAAUUGAAGAGUUACGUUUGCGAGGAGAUCAAUCCACACAAGCCCAAAUUGUAGCAGAUUGUACUGAGAUUGAUGAGGAUUGAUGGUAUGCAUCUAAUGAAGAUGAGAAAUCUCCUGAUUAAUGGACUUCGUUGUUGAGCCAUGCUUAGAAUUUUUGCAAGACACUUUUUAUUUAUUCAUAUAACUAUAGACUAGUUUGAUAUGGAAAAAUUCCUGGAAUUCUUAAUUGAAUUGUAAUAUGCAAGUAAUAUUUACAUAAUUGAGCCAAAACAAGUUUUUUUGUGCAAAGAAGCUUCAAUAUGCUGCUAUAAAUGAUAAUAUUUUACUUUUGUUA